AUGCCCGAGUCGAUCAUCGUAGUGAAAGGCUCCGUGCCUGGCUAUACAGCGCAUUGGGAGAGUGGCGGAUCUUACGUCUGGCUCCACAAGUCGAAGAACCGACACGAUGGCCGCUUCAAGCGGGACCCAGUCUGGCUGUGGUAUUACCACAAGGGCGAGGAUGUCGAUCCCUUGGUGCCCAUCCAGGACAAAGCGUGGACGUGGAAGACGAUGUUCGGCCGCGACGUCCGUUGGAUCACCCAUGAGGUCAAGAAGUAUUGGCCAGAUGGUUUCCCUGGGUAUGACCACAUCAUGGACCCCUUCUACGAUGACUGCGACCCCCACAUCGCGCUGAAAGCGCCGGAGUGGUAG